AUGAUGCAGUUGGUUUUUAGAUUAUUUGUUGUUCUAUCAUUCUAUGUGCACUGUGCAUAUUUAAACAGAUCUGUAUCAUCACGUUUUCAAUUUACUGAUGAAGCACGAGCAGCUCUAUGUCCAUUUGUCGGUACCGAAGGGAUGCGAUGUUUUGAUGGUAGUCCCAUGAAGCUAUCUAGUAGAAAAUCUGAUUCAAACUAUUUGAAAUUACCACGCGGUGUCGGGAUGACUGUUGAUCGAAGAUCUGGUCAACUUAGGGCACCAGCUGUUAACUUAACGUAUCCACUUGAAGGCUGUCAUACUUAUUGGACUGAUCUCUCUACAGGUGCAAUGUUCGACGUAUUUAACGAAGCGAAAAUUGGCCCAGCCAAUGUGGUAGUAGCAUCUUAUGAUGCAGCCAGUAUUGAAGUUUUUCGAAAUGCUUCACAAUUGAAUGAAGCAUGGCGACGUUCAUUCGCUGAUGGAAAUGUUCGUGGUGGUGAAUUAGCCCGGCCACCUGAUCUAUUAGCGUAUUAUAAUAAUUAUUUUAAACGUGAUGAUGCUCUGGCACUUUCUCAACGUGUAAUUGGACUGUAUACAUUGACACUAAAUGUCUCGACCGUUCAGCUUAAUUCAUUCGCACGUCAGGCAGUUUCUCAAUUAACAGCAGACUCCGAUCCAGAUGUUUAUGAAGAUUUUGUUGAUGUUUGGGGAACCCAUAUUGUUACCAAGUCACUUGUGGGUGGUAUGGUGGAGCAGCGCGCUAUAGUAAAGCGAUGUUUCGAAGCUGGCAACUCUCCCAGAUUCACUCAAUGCAUACCAUUUUCUGAUCGGAACCCAAAUAAUUUUACUUGUGGUUACUAUGCUGCUUUCACACGUGUGAUAUCGACACGUCAUCUUGGGGGUAAUGCAGAAGCUGAAAACGAUAAAGAAUGGAAAAGAACUUUGGCUGUUGCACCUGCUCUUCUUCAGAUUCUUGAAAUGGUUCCUUGGUAUGAUUUUGUUACUGAUACAGCUGUAAAACAAAACUUACGCACAAUCAUUCGGUAUCGACAGAGAAACGUUGAUUCAGUUCAAGCAGAAGCAAUCCGCCAAGUCGACUCGCAUUUGCCUUCAUGUCCUUCAUUCAUUCCAUUACGUGCCAGUUCAAUCGACCUUCACCCGACUGCUCGGUGGCAACAAAAUGGUAUUCUUGUCGCCGGAGGAAAUGGGCAAGGAAGUAUAAACAAUCAACUAUCAAUUCCACACGGUUUGCAUGUUGAUUAUGAUGAAACCGUCUAUAUCGCUGAUCGAUACAAUCACCGUAUUGUAGAAUGGAAAUCGAGUGCGACGAGUGGCCAAGUGGUUGCUGGUGGAAAUGGAGAAGGAAAUAGAGCUAACCAACUGUCUCACCCAUUAGAUGUGAUUAUCGACAAAGAAAGAGAUUGUUUGAUUAUCUGCGAUUAUGGAAACUCAAGAGUGGUUCGAUGGCCCCGUCGGAAUGGGACAAGCGGCGAAACCCUCAUCUCGAACAUCAAUUGUGUGGGUUUGACAAUGGACGAGAAUGGAUCUCUCUAUGUCGUUAACUAUGGUGGACAUGAAGUGAGACGAUAUCGAAGAGGAGAUUUUCAAGGAACAAUUGUUGCAGGUGGAAAUGGAAAUGGAAAUCGGCUCGAUCAACUCUUACACCCCACUUACGUAUUCGUCGAUCGAGAUCAUUCAUUGUAUGUAUCUGAUCAUGAUAAUCAUCGUGUGAUGAAAUGGAUGGAAGGUGCAAAAGAAGGCAUUGUCGUGGCAGGUGGUCAAGGACAAGGAAAUGGUCUUAUACAACUGUUGUAUCCUCAUGGAGUCGUUGUCGAUCAAUUGGGCACUACCUAUGUGGCUGAUUCAUAUAAUCAUCGAAUCAUGCGUUGGCUCAAAGGAGCCACACAUGGAAGUGUCAUUGUUGGUGGGAACGGCCAAGGAGGACAAUCGAACCAGCUCAAUGUGCCCAUAGGUUUAUCAUUCGAUCGGCAUGCAGAAACCUAUACGGCUUAUACUGAAAAUCAAUUUUCACCAUGUGAAUUAUGGAAUAAUUCCGGUUAUUACGAUACAUUACACGUUCAAAUUGAUGAAUCAUCUGUACAAUCGCCAUUGAAUAAACUGGAACGGUGUGCAGUUGUAUGUCUUGAUCAAAACAUAACAGCAUCAUCAAUAGUCCGCCGGUUCCCCCUUGGUGAUAAUACAUUUAAAUGUGGUUCCUUAACAGAUCCACGUAUAUGGGCUUUAUAUCAUUUAAGUGAUUUAUGCUCGGCGGAUUCGAUUUAUAUAAAAGAAUACAAAGAAUGUUUAUCUUCACACAAAGGACAUUCGAAUAUUUGUCCUUCGCCAUUAAAAUAUUAUGCUUACGAUGGAAAGAUAACAUGGAAUGUCUUCCUAAACUACAUUGAAAAGCUCAAAUUAAUCGAACCCCCAGUUUUGAUGGAUUUCGAUGAUGGUGUUACUAUUGAUCCUUCAUGGAAACCAAUUUCCGACGAUGCAGAAAGUGAUUCAACUUUUAUGAAUUCUAUUUAUCAGACGGAUAGAUCUUGUCCGAUGAAUCGGAUUGAUUUAAAUGGAUAUUGUUAUCGAACGUCUAGCGAACGCAAAACAAUUCAAGAAGCAACGGAGAAAUGUAUUAAUGUUGUAAAUACUGACGAUAGUAAAAUUCAUCAAGAAUGGAUGCCAAAUUUUAAUGCAAUGAAGAAUCGUAUGAACGAUUAUCUCAAAGGUGAAAUUGUUCACUUUACAUCAGAAUGGCAAGCUCGUUUUGGCUUUUUUCUUCUCGACGCAAGUUAA